CUUCCGAGACACGGGCCUUUUUUUCUCGUUUCAUUAAAAAAAUUCGAUAACGGACAUAUCGGUAUUUCAAAAUGGCAUCCCCUAAUAGGAUCAUGGAACUUUCCUCCCUUAUUGCGAAAGAGACGGAGAAACUGAACGAUUUUUUCGUGAAGAAUAAUCUUCCUACUCCCUCUUUGGACGUAGAUGCACUUUGGUUGUUACCUAUACCUGCGGAUGCUGCGGAUCUUGAAGCAUCACGACAGGCCAUCGUCGAGGCUUGUUCUGAAUUACAGGAUCUGAUGACUGGACCUAAGAACUUGCUACGCUUCAAGUGGACCGCAUACGCCAGCGUGAAAGCGAUACUUCGGUUUAAGUUGGAUUCAUCAUUCCCAGUGGGGGAAUCUACUUCAUUUGAAGCCAUGUCGAAGUUCUCAGGGUUGAAUGUCGUAAAUGUUCGACGUAUCGUAAGGCACGCAAUUAUUAACCAUCACUGGUUCAGGGAAGAUGCCCCCGGUGUUAUAACACACUCGGCGCUUACGGCUAUCUUAGCCACGGACCCUGUCAUGCGAAAUUCGAUGAUCGUCGAGUUAGACGAAUUCUGGCCAGCAGCAGUUAAGAUGGCGGAUGCUAUGGAGAAAUGGCCAAACUCCGAAGAAAGUAACGAAACAGGAUUUUCUCUAUCCAACAACAGUAACAAGAACAUGUAUGAGAUAUUUGCUGGCAACCCCGAGCGAGGCGAGAGAUUCGGAGCAUACUUCUCUCGCGAAGAUGAACCAGGUCGUAUGCUGCUUGAUAAUUAUCCUUGGGGGAGUCAUGAAACAAUCAUAGAUGUUGGAGGGUCACAUGGAAGUGUCGCCAUUGAAAUCGCCAAAAAGUUCUCGAAAGUGAAAUGUAUCGUUCAAGAUCUGGCAGAUACAGCGGCUGAGGGGGCUUCUCGAUUGCCCGCCGAGCUUCAGGAUAGGCAGCCGGUUACUGCCGAUGUGUACUACUUCCGAUCCAUCUUCCACAACUGGGCGGACAAGUAUUGCAUCAAGAUUCUACAGAAUCUCAUACCUGCGCUUAAAAAGGGCGCGAAGAUAGUAGUCCAUGAACGCAUCCUCCCAGGCCUUGCAAAUCUCUCUACAGACCAUAAGCGAAGAGUAAUUAAUUUGGACGUGGGAAUGCAGCAGCUAUUGAAUGCUAAACAGCGCGAAAUGCAUGAAUGGUCUGAAUUGUUCCAGCAGGCGGAUCCUAGGUUUAAAUAUCUAGGAGCUCAUCGUCCGGACGGGGCUAUAAGAUGGAUAAUCGUAGCAGAGUGGCAGGGCUAGGAAGCUAUAAAGGGGCCGGAGGACAGCGAUCGAUAUUGCAAAGACUGCUAAAAUAUAGGGUACGGAGGCGUCGAGAAAGUUGUAUUUUAGGGAGCUUUAGAACCUCCCAUAAUCGAGCGCACGACAUUGUAGCAUGAGUGCCUACUAUGAUUACAGGUACGAAUACGCUAUAAUUC